GACUACAAAAGUUAUUUUGAUAGUCUCAGAGUUGCUGUGAAAUUUGACAUUCAGAUGACAUUAGUGGUGCGUUUGCACUGAAGUACAUGAAGCAGCUGAUGUCUUUGCAGCUGAAAGAACAUGAAGAUGAAAAGAUUAAACAUGACAAACUGGAAGAAUUUGCCUUGCAACUGUUUGCUGCAGAUGCAUUCAUGAAAGCACAACCACUGACUUCAUAACAACCUGUUAUGACCUUGGCACCAUUAAGUGCCUCAAAGAAGCUAGGCAGCUAAUUGACGAGUUGGAGUCAACAUUCCUGCAUGUUUAUGGUGGAAAUGGCCCACUCUUUGGCUUUUUACAGUACCAAAUUGGUCACUUCAAAGUCAAGUAUUGUGAGACCAGUGAAGCACAGAGCACUCUCCAAAAACCUGAGGAAAUAUUCAUCCACUGCUUUGGUCGAGGGUAUCACAUGGCUGGAUCAUGCAAGAGUCUACAGGGUACCUUUGCCUUGCACAAGGGAAACCUAAAAGAGGUGCAUCAUCAUCUGAAGGAAGCUCACAUCUUAUUUGAGAAAUUAAAUCACCACCACCCUGAAGUAGGAGAAAUCCUUUUGAAGUCAGGUGACCUGGAGAGUAAGGCUGGAAAUUUCGAGAAUGCUAAAUUAAUCAUUGAAGAAGCAUUAGAAAUCUUCAUAUCCACUUGUCGUAAGGUCUCCCUUCAGACAGGUCUUGCUUAUCUUCAAGAUGCAUCUAUUUUGCAAAGGAAAGGAAAGUUUGUGUGUUCAGCUUUGGACAAUGGGAAGAUAGCCAAUGACAUCUUUGUGCACCAUGGCUUGCACCAUGAUCAUCCAGAUGUUGCCUUCUGCCACUAUUUACUAGGUCAGUUACUGCACUCCUUGGGUCAAGUCAAAGAGACAGAAGAGGAGUUCCUCUUUGUACAUCAUCAGCUCUUGUCAAGGGAUGACUUGUCCAUGAAGACCAAGGUAUGAAAACAGGAGAUGAAAAAAGAGGUCAUAUGAAAGAAAUUUUCAGCUGUUUGGAAGAGCUUGACUCCAUGUUCCUGACAAUUUCAGAUUAUUUGGGCAAACAUGUGCACUGUACAUUGCAGAGAAUUUUGGAGCCCAAUGUGCAGGUUUAUUUCACUUUGAUUCUUGAUUCUGCCACACAACUGGGAGAGGAUGAGUUCUUUUCAUCAAAAUACAGUGGCAAGGAAAAGAAGCAACCAGGAGAUUAUGACAAUGUGUACUUGUUGUCAUCAUGCAGUAACAGUGGAAAGGGGCCACAAUUUCUUCUCUUCUGGAAGGCAUCUGAUGUCUUGAAAACAGGUGAUGUAAGCUGUGUAACCUCUUCUUUUCAUGAAAGUGUAUUACUGCUGUGUCUACAACCGAAGUUUAGAAAAACUUUCCUUGAAGGACAAGAGUUGUUCAUGAAGCUGCUAACUCAAGAGCAAUCACCUUCUGUACCUUCUCUCUCUUCACGAAUUGACUCUCUUCCACUUUUAGUUGAGCUAGAGUUGAGCAAGGCCUUUAACAUGUUUCCAGUUGUUAAGGAUUCUCCAAAAUCAUUAAAAAGGGCAGGAUUUGAUGUAUAUAGUGUAUCUUGGAUCUUACUAUAAUUUCAGAGCUGAGCAAAGAGUUUCCAGCAAUCUGA